AUCCAGUGCAAGAACAUCCCCGAUUACCUCAACGACAGGACGGUGCUGGAGAAGCACUUUGGCCAGUUCGUUAAAGUUCGACGGGUCAUGACCAGACGCAAUAAAAAAAUGGCCGUUCUCCACUUUUUUGAUCAUGCCUCUGCAGCUCUUGCCAGAAAGAAAGCCAAAGAGUUGCACAAAGACAUAGUAACGUUUUGGCAAAAGAAGAAAACAAGUCCUGCAGAAAGAGAAUUUUCAUCCAAGGAGAAGAAAGCAGGUGAAGAUGAAGGAAGACAAAGCAGUGAAGAGCAAAACUAUCAGCAUUCCCCUCUUCGAAAACCCUUAAUAAGAUCCUCUGCCAGCAGCGUUGUGCCUGGUAAAAAUUCUCCAGCAAAGAAGCCUUGUCUUCGAAAGGCGCUGCAGUUUGAAGCAGAUCUGUUUGAUUCUAGUUCUGAAGGGCAGAGCUCAGAGGCUUUGGGAGCUUCGUUGUCAUCUCUGAGUAACCUGGUAGGAUUAGUGGCGGAGACAUCUGAAGAACGAUACCGUCUUUUGGACCAAAGGGACAAAAUCAUGCGACAAGCUCGAAUAAAAAGGACUGAUCUUGGCAAAGCAAAAACAGUUGUUGGCACUUGCCCAGACAUGUGUCCUGAAAAGGAGCGCUACAUGAGGGAGACGAGAAACCAGCUCAGUAUCUUUGAAUUGCUUCUAGGAUCUGACAAGGUAGAUCACGCAGCAGCAGUCAAAGAAUAUAGCAGGUCUUCAGCGGAUCAGGAGGAACCUUUGCCCCAUGAACUGAGACCCUCUGAGGUGUUGAGCAUGACCAUGGACUAUUUAGUGACAAACAUUAUGGAUCAAGGAGAAGGAAACUACCGAGAAUGGUAUGACUUUGUCUGGAACAGAACUCGUGGAAUAAGAAAGGAUAUAACCCAGCAACAUCUCUGCAACCCACUGAUGGUGUCUCUGAUUGAGAAGUGCACUCGCUUUCACAUCCAUUGUGCUCACCACUUGUGUGAAGAGCCCAUGUCCUCCUUUGACACCAAAAUCAACAAUGAGAACAUGACUAAAUGCCUGCAGAGCUUGAAGGAGAUGUAUCAGGACCUGGCUAACAAGGGAAUUUACUGCAAGAGUGAAGCAGAGUUCAGAGGUUACAAUGUCUUGCUGAAUCUCAACAAGGGCGAUAUUCUCAGAGAAGUACAGCAGUUUCAUCCAGAGGUUAGAAACUCUCCUGAAGUUAGAUUUGCAGUUCAAGCUUUUGCUGCAUUAAACAGCAACAACUUUGUGAGAUUUUUCAAGUUAGUGCAAGCAGCUUCCUAUCUGAACGCUUGUCUCUUACACUGUUAUUUCAACCAGAUUCGUAAAGAUGCUCUCAAAUCUCUCAAUAUUGCCUACACUGUGAGCACCCAAAGAUGUACAGUGUUUCCCUUGGAUCAUCUGGUCCGCAUGCUGCUGUUCAGAGAUUGUGAGGAAGCAACUGAUUUUAUAAGUUAUUAUGGCCUGAGUGUAUCUGAUGGUGCUUACGUGGAACUGAAUCGCUCAGCUUUCUUGGAGCCAGAUGGAUUACCCAAACCACAUAAAUCGAUGUUUGUCAGCCAGAAGCUCACUGUCUCGGUUGGGGAAGUUGUAAAUGGUGGCCCACUGCCCCCCAUGCCUCACCACGUGCCUGCGUCCAGCUUCAACGCACAGAACAAGUAUACUGGCGGAAGCACCUCUGUGGAUCUAGCUAGUAGUAGCCAAAAAUCCAGCAUGGAAGUAACAGAAGGAAGAGUGGAAAGCAAAGGUGUGGAUUUAGAUGCCGCAGCAGUAAGGGUCCAGCCCCCAGCACAUCUCCUGCCCUCGCUGGUACCUCGUCAGCUUGUGCCAAUGGUGCCUCCUGUGCAGGCAGUCUCCCAGCCUGGUGGACAACCUGAGCCUCUCCCUUCAAAGCCUCAGCCUGUCUACACAGACACAGACAUUGCCGAAGUGGUGGAUGGGCUUGUGCAAGAAAUCCUCAAAGGAGAGUGCAGAGAAGUUGGCAGAGCGGGAGCAGCUUACGUGACUGCUGCCAUCUGCACCUCCGAGACCACUGUGGAGGACCUCGUGGCUGAGGCGAUGGAGGAUAUCCUCAGAGAAGUGGCUGGCAGCGUGCUUAGCGCGGAAAGGGAGCGUGUCAAAGAGGAAAGGCGCAGAGUGGAGGAAGAGAGGCAAAAGCAGGAAAGAGAACAGUUAAUAAAGCAGUUGAGCCAAUUGGUGUGUAUGGAGUUAAUGGAAGAAGUAAUAAAGGAGGGUGUACGAGAAGCUUCAGCUGAUGAGUUAAAAUGUGCCUUAGAAAGAGACUGGCAAGGCUGUGUAGCCAGGUGUUCAGAAGAAGUCUGUGGUCACCUCAUGGACCUCUUUCUGGAGGAUGAGAUUUUCCAGAUUGCUAAGGAAACCCUUCAGGAGCUCCAGUGUUUCUGCAAGUAUUUGCAACGGUGGAGGGAGGCAGUGGCAGCUCGAACAAAGUUGAAACGUCAGAUGAGGGCAUUUCCAGCUGCUCCUUGUUGCACAGAUCCAAAAAAUAAACUGAAAGCGCUGGCCCCCAGUGCAGAGUGGCCGAUAACCAUGGAGAACUUGUACAAGGGAAUUGUAAACCUGGGGCAUGGAGGAAAACUGGGAGUCUCUUGCACGAGAUUGAAUUGGCUGAGAAACAAGACAUUGCAUGAAAUGAAAGUUCAGCACUUCUACCAGCAAUUGUUAAG